GUUCCGUGACGACGACAACCCUCGUAAUCGACCGUCAACUAUCUAGCAGAAGGAAAUGUUCCGUCGAGUGUCAGUAAGCUGUCAGCUGUUAUGCUGAAAUGAAAAUAGAUAUAAUCCAUUAAUUAAUGUUACAUUCAUGAGAAAUUAUUCAGAAACCAAGCAUGAAUAAAUUAAAUAAAUUGGGACCACUCUCGCUGAGAAGUUCCAGACAGCUAAAUCCAACAUUCAACUGGUGUAGGAUGUUUAGCGACGAUGAAACUCCAAAGUCAAAAGUUGAACCUUCACCAGAUUUAGAAAAGAAAAAGAAAAAAAGAAAAAGACCAAUGUACAGUCCAACUCCACAGAUACCAUUGAGAUUGGAAGAUCUUGAAGAACCUACCAACUGUUGUAUGUCUGGAUGUGCUAAUUGCGUGUGGAUAGAUUAUGCAGAAAAACUCAGUAUUUUUAUGAAAAACAGUCCUGGUCAUGUUCAGAAAGUAUUGAUGGAAAAAGUUCAAGACCCUAACAUGAGAGCGUUUCUGUCAAUGGAAUUAAGAGUCAGAAAAAUCAUUGAAUGAGUCAGACGUAGAAGAAUUAAGAAAACUAGGAAAGAUUUUUAAUCAAUUGUUAAACCAGUAUCACUUGUCAAAACACAGUAUUGAUGACUUUUUACUGGUUUUGAAAAAUUUUAGCUGCAGUCUAUGGACUACGGUGCUAACAAGAAAUAGAUAUGUUUUACUUGUAAAAAUGUAAAUAUUUUAAAAUAUGUAAAUAGUUGUUCUGUUGCAAAGAAAAAGCAUACGAUGCCAAAUAAA